GGUGUGGCGGCGGCGGGGACGGGAUCGGGACCGGCCCCAAGAAUCGAGGCGAGGAGCGGAGCCGGAGCGGAUCGCGGCGCGAUGCAGAAAUACGAGAAGCUGGAGAAGAUCGGGGAAGGCACCUACGGGACCGUGUUCAAGGCCAAGAACCGGGAGACGCACGAGAUCGUGGCGCUGAAGCGGGUGCGGCUGGAUGAUGACGACGAGGGAGUGCCCAGCUCGGCGCUGCGGGAGAUCUGCCUGCUCAAGGAGCUCAAGCACAAGAACAUUGUCAGGCUCCAUGAUGUCUUGCACAGUGACAAGAAGCUCACCCUGGUCUUUGAGUUCUGCGAUCAGGACCUGAAGAAGUAUUUUGACAGCUGUAAUGGAGACCUGGACCCAGAGAUCGUCAAGUCAUUCAUGUACCAGCUGCUGAAGGGCCUCGCGUUCUGCCACAGCCGCAACGUCUUGCACCGAGACCUCAAACCCCAGAACCUGCUCAUAAACAGGAAUGGGGAGCUCAAACUGGCUGACUUUGGCCUGGCCCGGGCCUUCGGCAUCCCUGUGCGCUGUUACUCAGCAGAGGUCGUCACGCUGUGGUAUCGGCCCCCAGACGUGCUCUUCGGUGCCAAGCUCUACUCCACCUCCAUUGACAUGUGGUCAGCUGGUUGCAUCUUCGCAGAGCUGGCCAACGCGGGGCGGCCCCUGUUCCCGGGUAAUGACGUGGAUGACCAGCUGAAAAGGAUUUUCCGGCUGCUGGGAACCCCCACGGAGGAGCAGUGGCCGGCCAUGGCCAAGCUGCCAGACUACAAGCCAUACCCCAUGUACCCGGCCACCACCUCCCUGGUCAAUGUGGUGCCCAAGCUGAAUGCAACUGGCCGGGACCUGCUGCAGAACCUCUUGAAGUGCAACCCAGUGCAGCGGAUAUCAGCAGAGGAAGCUCUUCAGCAUCCCUACUUCACAGACUUCUGCCCCCCAUAAGGACUCCAGACACCCACCCAGCCCCACGCUGAGUGGGGGGCAGCACCCAGCUCCCAGCACAUUCCCGGCAGUGGUGGGGAGGGGACAGCCCCCCAAGGCAGCUGUGGGGACAUGAGGUGAGGAGCAAGGUGCUGGCACCCCAGAAAUGCAGCCCCCCAUUCCCCUUGCCCCUGUAUUUAUUAGGUUUUUAACUCAACACCACCCCGGCUGUGGGAUGCUGGAGUAGCCCCCCCAGCCCUGUGGUGUGGCUGGGGCUACCCCUGGGGCUGCCCCCAAGCACAUGGAGCCCCCCCAGGGAUGCGGGACCAUGGUGCUGGUGGAGGGGCAGGACCCUCUGGGACCAGGCAUGAGGACCCCGGGGGGGGUGGGACCCCUCACCCCUUCUCUCUAUGCUGCCUCCCUUCCCCACCCCUGGCAUGGUGGGGGUCCCGGGUGCCAGCUCCCCUGGGAAGUGUGGGGGACACCCCAUUUCUUUUCUACCGUGCUGCUGUACGUGGGUGAUUGUGUGUGUUUGUUACCUCCAUAAAGAGCUUCCCCCUUCCCAA